UUUAAAGAGACUGUUACAAACACACAAUUUGCAUCAGUUUGAACAAGGAAACAAACAAAAAACAAAAAAAUCCCGAAGAGAGACCGGUCAUAUCUCGAUCGAUCUCUAAGCAAGAUAUGACGAGUAUGGAGCAAAAACAUCAACAAGGAGGAGGAACCUGCAACUCUACUCAUGAUCAAGAAGGAAACUUCAAGGAAGAAGAUAAAGAUGGUAAUAAUCGUCGUAAAAUGGUUGAAUCAUCAUCGUCUCCUACUACUAGUUUCAUCAAUGAAACGCAUAAGAAUGGAGUUGAGGAUAAUAACAAGGAUGAUGAUGAUGGCCAUGGGGAUGGAAAUUUGAUACAACAUACGGCGGCUGACCAAAAUUACAAGGAAACCGACGUUUGUAAACAGGGCAAGGAACUUGAGUCAACAAAAGCUGAAAUGGGUGAAGUAAUGGAAGAAAACCAGAGACUUAAGCAAUACCUAGACCAAGCCAUGAAGGAUUAUCAAACAUUACAGAAGAAAUUCCAUGAAAUCUCUCAACACGAUUCGAAACAACAACUCAUCAAAGAUGAUCAUAACCAAAUGGAAGCUCCCCCUCUUAUAAUUCGACCUUUAAUUAGUGAUGAAGAUGGUGAAGAAGCUGAGCUUGUUUCCCUUAGUCUAGGCCGAUCUUCGAGUCUUGAUUCCAAAAAGGGAAAGCCAAGUUCAUCACCAAGCAAAUUACCAACAAAUCAUAACAAUAAUGAUGAUGAUGAUAAGGAAGCAAAUGAGAGAAGCUUGGAUCUUGGAUUAGAGUGCAACUUUAAGGGUUCGAGUACGAUAGAUCACGACCAACAAACCCUAAUGACUGGUUCGAGUGUUGAUGAGCAUAGCCUCGACGAGACGAAAGACGGGGAAGCUCUUAAGAAUAGUAAUGGUAAUAGUAAUGGAGUUGAUGAAGUGGUUCAUCAACCUCCUGUGAAGAAGGCUAGAGUUUCUGUAAGAGUUCGAUGUGACACCCCUACUAUGAAUGAUGGAUGCCAAUGGAGGAAGUAUGGGCAGAAGAUUGCCAAGGGAAAUCCGUGCCCUAGAGCGUACUAUCGUUGCACCGUUGCACCAUCUUGUCCAGUAAGGAAACAGGUACAAAGAUGUGCUGAAGACAUGUCCAUCUUAAUCACCACAUAUGAAGGAGCACACAACCAUCCCCUCCCAGUCUCAGCAAGUGCAAUGGCUUCCACCACUUCGGCGGCCGCCUACAUGUUAAUGUCUAAAUCCUCAACAUCCUCGAAUCCAGGACCGGACUCUUCCACGACAACACCCACCGGAUCUGAGAUCCACGGUGGCCAUAAAUUCGACAUCCUCGAUAACUCUAAACCGAACCCAUUUUAUUCACCUAAUAAUACAUUUUACCCUACUCCUACACACCCAACAGUAACCCUAGACCUUACUUCUCCUUCUUCAUCCACAAACCAAUUCAACAAAGUAUUAACUCCAAAUCUAGGUACAAAAUACUCUUCACCAACAAAUCUUACCUUCAAUUUUUCAGAUAAUAAUAAUAAUAAUAAUCCCCUUUUAUUCUCUUGGCCUAAAGGCUUACCUAGCUACAACACUCAUCAACCUUACAUCAACCAAACAAAGGACAAUAAUCCUCUAAACAUUGGAUCAUUGAAUGAUAAUAAUACAUAUAAUUACCAUACUAAUCUUCUACAAAAGAGUAUUAUUCCUCCUAAUAACCGCGAAUUCAAUACUUUACCGGAUACAUUUGCUCAAGCAGCCAAAGUCCUUACUUCAGAUCCAAACUUCCAAUCAAUUUUAACGGCUACUUUGUCAUCCUUCAUUAGUAACAACAAUGGAAUCGGCGAAAAUAACAAUGUACUACACCAUGGAGGAGAACGUAACAACAACAACAACAACAACAACAACAACAACAACAACAACAACAACAACAACAACAACAACAACAACAACAACACUACUAGUUACGGCGAUACUACCAAAUGGGGUGGGUUUCAUACAUCUUCUACUACGAAUUCGACGUUCCAAUCGUCUUCAUUGCCGCCUUUCUCUACUACUAAAAGGAAAUCUCCUUCCCCUGAUAAUACAAAAACCACACAACUUGACCAUUAGAAUUAAAGCUAUAUAUAGCUUAUUGUAACAUGUACUCUUAGAUAUAUCAAGGCCAAGGAUUGAAUUGUAUAUAGUACAUUGUUAGUGGUUAGUGAAAUAAUUUCUCCCUAUCUAGGGUAUUAAA